UGGACAUGCUUUUACGGCCCAUCCUCGUAUCGACAAGGCCACGAAGCGCCUACUAGGGUGGAGCUGGAAGACCUUACUCCCAAAGCAUUUUGGUGUACCUGAUCCUCGUCUGUGGCGGAGCGCCAAAGGGAAAAAAAGCAGGACGGAAAGCCGUGGUGCCGGUCUGGAAGUGACAUUCUAUGAGUGGGAUGAGGCCUUUGACCUGCCCUUUCCCCCCGUGACCAUACGCGUUUCCGAUUGUCCAUCUCCACCACACGACUGGGUGGUCACACCUAAUUACUACGUGUGGAUGCAGUCCGCUUUUCGCUUGAACUUGCUGCCCUGCGUCUUGGGUUUGAAAGGGCCCGGCGAGUGCAUGGUCCCCGUCAAGGGAGAAGAGGCACGGGCCGUGGUCCAUUUGGUGCCUCGUCCGGGGGGGAGGCACGCUGGAAAGCCGC